UCGGCAUCCGCCUGGCACACGGCGUAGCGACGGCAGGGGGCGCUGCGGCGUGCUCCGCGCCGUGAGGGCGGGGCCGGCGUGAUGCCCCGCCCCCUCGUAGCUCAUCUUUGCGCGUCGCAGUCGCGCUGACCCCGGUUUCCGACGUGCGGCCUGGCAGUGCAGUGAACUGUCUGGCCUUUUGCCCUUGAUCCUUGGUUAAGGAAAUGACCAACCAGUAUGGUAUUCUCUUCAAACAAGAGCAAGCCCAUGAUGAUGCCAUUUGGUCAGUUGCUUGGGGGACAAACAAGAAGGAAAACUCUGAGACAGUGGUCACAGGCUCCCUGGAUGACCUGGUGAAGGUCUGGAAAUGGCGUGAUGAGAGGCUGGACCUACAGUGGAGUCUGGAGGGACAUCAGCUGGGAGUGGUGUCUGUGGACAUAAGCCACACCCUGCCCAUUGCUGCAUCCAGCUCUCUUGAUGCUCAUAUUCGUCUUUGGGACUUGGAAAAUGGCAAACAGAUAAAGUCCAUAGAUGCAGGACCUGUGGAUGCCUGGACUUUGGCCUUUUCUCCUGAUUCCCAGUAUCUGGCCACAGGAACUCAUGUUGGGAAAGUGAACAUUUUUGGUGUGGAAAGUGGGAAAAAGGAGUAUUCUUUGGACACGAGAGGAAAAUUCAUUCUUAGUAUUGCAUAUAGUCCUGAUGGGAAAUACCUAGCCAGUGGAGCCAUAGAUGGAAUCAUCAAUAUUUUUGAUAUUGCAACUGGAAAACUUCUGCAUACGCUGGAAGGCCAUGCCAUGCCCAUUCGCUCUUUGACCUUUUCCCCGGAUUCCCAGCUCCUUGUCACUGCUUCAGAUGAUGGCUACAUCAAGAUCUAUGAUGUACAACAUGCCAAUUUAGCUGGUACGCUGAGCGGCCAUGCCUCCUGGGUGUUGAACGUUGCCUUCUGUCCUGAUGACACUCACUUUGUUUCCAGUUCGUCUGACAAAAGUGUAAAAGUUUGGGAUGUUGGAACGAGGACGUGUGUUCACACCUUCUUUGAUCACCAGGAUCAGGCCGGAAGACAUCGUGUUAGCCCCUCAGCCUUUAAAUGCCGUCUUUGGAAAUUGCCGCAGCUGGUGUCUGGGGCCCUCUCCUGGGGGCUGCUGGGCCAUGGCAGGCUCACCAACGACCUUCCUCUUCAGGAGAUUCCAUUGCUUAUCACUUGUCAUUUUUGGAACUGUCCAAAGAAGAGAUGUGAUUUUUUUUUUUUUUUAAUAUAGUAGAAGCUGGAAAUUCUUACAAAUUUUUUGGCUUUAGUGGUAUUGAUAACUUUUGUUUCAGUCUUUAAAAGGAAACUGUUCUCACAAGCCUCUUUGUCUUUGCCAAGGUGACUAUGUGAAAUAGUAAAGGUGUUCUAGUGCAAUACUGCUCAGUCUUGCAUGUGUGCUUGUAUCCCCUGGGAACCUAGUCAAAAUGCAGAUGCUACUUCACUAGGUCUGGCAUAGGGCCUGGGAUUCUGCAUUUCUAACAGGCUCCCAGGUGAGGCCAAGGCUGCUGGUCCUAACCACACUGUAAGGUCUUGGGGAACUAAGCAUAAAAAAUAAAACGUCCAUGGCAGUAUAAAAUUGGCUUUUAAUACAUUUUAAAUAUUUUUAGAUGGUCCUAUAGAUUUCUUCUCUUUGAAAUGAAACUUAAAGUUAACUAAUAUUGUUCAUGCUUUUUACUUUUCACCUUAAAUUGUUUCCAACAAAAUUGAGGGGGUUGAAUCUUGAUAUUCCAGUCCUGGAUUUAAACAUCUUACUCAAGGAGUAAGUCCUGGCUAGCUGUGUUGCCUUGUAUGCAUGGAUCAUUGCAGUGCUGUUUCAGAGGCUGGAGUGAAAGGCCAUCAUGCAGCCCAGUCCCAACACUAAAAUCAGAAUAGGGUGACAGGCUUACCACCCAAAAUCACCUCCUAAUAAUCAGGAAGUUAUUCCUGACUAGAGAAACUCCAACCACAUCAAUUCUGUCUGGGAAGGAGGUGUGAAUCAGUUAAUUCAACACAUAGCAAAUAAAAAUCUAUGGUCCACAGUAUCAUGUUGUCUAGCUCCUGGGGACAAGCAGGCUCCAUAGGCCACUCAUAACAGAGUGAGAAUUAUUGACCGUGGGGGGUGGACACAAGGGGCCAGCUGAGGAGCAGUUUGUGAUUUUCCCUAUAGGCAGUGAUCUCGGGGUAGUUGUGGGGCCUCUUUCUUCCUGGAAGCAUAAAUGUUGGUCUCUUACGACUUCCAUCUUCCUGGCAUUAGGUUACCUCAGGAUUCUGACUCUUUGAAAGGGUUAUAGAUAAUCUUGAUUAGUACUGUAUUUAAAAAUGAUUUUUUUUUUUUUUUUUUUUUUUUUUGGAGUAUGGGAAGGGACAGGAAUGCUAAUUAAAUAGCAAUACUGGAAGGUGCUUGGUUAAAGCCUCCAUGCUCACUGAUUUAGAAAGUACAAUAUCCUCAUCUCAGUUUUUGUAGAUUCGGAAUAACGAGAAAAUAAGGAUGUUCAUUUCAUAAAUAUUAUAAAUAAAGGCAUUUGUAGAACUUUUUUUUUAAU